GUUUCCUUUUUUUUGUUAGUCUUUGGUUCUCACCCGCUUAUUUUCCUUAUAUGCCUAUUCCUUCAACAAUAAAAAUCCAAUUUUUAUUCUUUUUGACCAGUGUUUCCCCUCCUCUCCUCCAUUUUGUUCUAGAUCCAUAAAAGCAAGAAGCUUUAUCGAUAACUCUGGUUCGUUUUGUUAGAGGAAAGAAGAAAACAUGACCAUGGAGAAUGGUGUUGAUGAUAGCAGUGAUCAGUUCCCCAAAGGAAUGCGUGUUCUUGCAGUUGAUGAUGACCCCACUUGCCUAAUGGUUUUAGAAACUCUUCUCAGAAGAUGUCAAUAUCAUGUUACCACAACUAGCCAAGCAAUAAAGGCAUUGAAGCUGUUGAGAGAGAACAAGUUUGACCUUGUAAUAAGUGAUGUGCACAUGCCAGACAUGGAUGGAUUUAAGCUUCUUGAGCUUGUGGGACUGGAAAUGGACCUACCUGUCAUAAUGUUGUCCGCAAAUGGUGAUACAAAGCUUGUGAUGAAGGGGAUUUCUCAUGGAGCUUGUGAUUAUCUACUAAAGCCUGUGAGAAUUGAAGAGCUCAAGAACAUUUGGCAGCAUGUGAUUAGGAGAAAGAAGUUUGAUUCGAAGGAGAAGAACAAAACCAGGAACUCCGACAAGCCUAGUUCGGAG